AAUCGUGGAAGUUCGUGAAGGGAGACGGUGGAAGUUGUGGUCCUCCGGCAUUGGAGAGCGCGGAAUUGUGGAGUAGAGCGAGCCGACGACGCACCGUUCGGGUCGUGUGCUCCUCGUCGCGGCUUCUUAUUCUCUCCUCUUCGCGGCAGUUUCGUUUGCGGGUUGAAUGGACGAGGGUACCAAGUGCAGAGUGCCGAUCGGCGACGCCUGCGUGUCUAUGCGCGUGUGCUUCGACUCCUUGUGCUUCUCGUCGACGCAGCAGCGGCUCGCCGACGAGGAGGACGCCUCCCAUCUGCCGACGCACGGCGCUGUGGCCGUGGUCGCGGCAGCCGGCCAGAGGGCCAUUUCAAACGUCACCGGAGCGACCACGAUCACAGCCAUGGGUACCCUUCGCGAGCUACAGGAAUUGCUGCGCGUCAAGGACGAGAAGAUCGCCGAACUCGAGGCGCUCCUCUGUCGCCGCGACGCCGAGAUACAAGAGCUACGGAGCCAUCUCGACAAGUUUCUCAGCGUGCUCCCCUUUAAGUCACCUUUGACGCCGACGAAACCGAGGCCCAGGAAGCAAAGGGCGCAGGGUAUCUCCGCGGAACCACCGCUUCAGGAGCUCGCCACGCUGACAAUCGUCGACAAGAGCGACAGAUCUCGCGAACUAAUCAAAGCAGCCAUUUUGGACAAUGACUUCAUGAAGAAUCUGGAGCUAACGCAAAUCCGGGAGAUCGUGGAUUGCAUGUAUCCUGUUACUUUCUCGGCAGGUUCAAUCAUCAUACGCGAAGGAGAUGUUGGGUCCAUUGUAUAUGUCAUGGAGGGUGAGUCGCACAUUUUUUUUUUUUUUGUUAUGCAUGUAAUAAUUGUACUUUCAUUUGCACGGUGUUCCUGUUUCGAAAUGUAAGAAUUUUAAAGAAAU